CGGUUAGUUUCAAUUUGGUUUGUUUACUUACGAAAACUUACCGGACCUUAGCUAUUGUGAAUUUAUUUAUUUUUUACAUAAAUAUGUAUGAUUUUAAUGUGAAUGGAAAAACAUUAUUACAUUAUUUAUAUUAUUGACUACAGCUAUGGUGAAGCAUGUUGACAGAAAACUAAAAACAUUUUUUUCAUAUCAUUACUUUAAGACACAAUGGUAUCGUUAAAUGGGGCAUAUUCAAAAAAAUAUCAACUACAAGCUCAAGAGAGUCUGGCUCAACUUAAGGAUCGAAAUCAAGAUGAAGAAAAAGAAAAAAUUAAAAUUUUAUCACGUCAAACAAAUGAAAUGAGAAGGAAACUUGAGAAGAAAAAAAAAACAAAAGAAGAAAAGGAAGAAGAAAGAAGAAAAAAUAUUCUAGAAAAUCGUCGGUUAAAACAGCAAAUAGCAACAGAAAAAUUCCAGCAUUUUUCGGAACCAGUUAAGCAGAAACACGUUCGUUCUGCUUCAGUUGGCACCCAGUUGAAAGAUGGAAAGUAUGAUGUUGCUGGAUAUUUAAUUGAUAUUAAAAAUGGUGUCAGAGUAAAUUCAACAUUAGUUUCAUCAGCUAAUCCAAUGAAUACAAAACUAAGAUAUGCUGCCCAAAAUGAUAUUUUAAGUCAAACUACCAUCCAAAGUAAUACUUUGAAUCCACCGGUUACCCAAAGCAAUAUUUUGAAUCUACCUUCUGGUCAAAGUAAUAUUUUGAACCUAGCUGGAAACAAAAGUAAUAAUUUUAAUUUACCAGAAUAUUUAUCAAACAACAACUUAAAUAGCAUUAAAAAAAAUCAAAAUAAUCAUAUUGGUGAGAAAAUUUUUUCUGCAAAAACAUUUAAUAAUUAUGAAGGAGACUCUUCUUCUUUAGAAAGUCUGGCUAGUAAUGAUAGUUUAAAUAAAAAUAAUAUAAACCAACACAGUGAAGUAAGCAAUAUAAAGUUUUUUGAAAAUAAAAAUGGAGGUUGUCAACCUAAUAACAUUAUUGAUGUAUCACCUUACACGACCGAACAAUUACUUGAACAGAUCCAAAAGAAUAUGCUAUCUACAAUUAGUGAAGUUACUGGAGAAGAUUCAUCAUCAUCCAACAAAACUUUAUGUCAAGUGAAUAAUGUUGCAAUUGUUUCUCCUCGAGUUUUAGAAAAAGAAAAAAUCAUUAGAGAUAAUACUUCUGCAAAACGUCUUAGUAAUUCAUCAAUUGGUUUAAGCUUAAAAGAUAGCCUUGAUACAAUAAACAAUUUUGCUAUAAAUAAAGAGGCUUCCAAAUAUAUGUAUAGUACUGCAGCAGUAAAUCAAGAAGUUGCCAAACACAGGUAUAAUAACGUAGCAGAGAAUCAAGAAGCUUCAAAACAUAUCUUCGGUACUGCAGCAGACAAUCAAGAAGUUUUCAAACACAGUACUGCAAUAAAAAAUAGUUCUGAAAAAGGUAAAGAAAAUUUUAAACAUAGUACAGCAAUUAUUACUGAGCCAGUAAAUCAGCAAGCUUUCUAUGAACAACCUUUCCAUGAUAAAACUAAACCAGUAUAUCAGCAAGCUUUCCAUGAUAAAAAAGACAAUAAAAAAAAUGCUUUAUCUGAGUCUUUAACUUUAAAAAAUUAUCAGCCAACAACUUCUUACAAUCAGUCAACAACUUCUUACAAUCAGCCAACAAUUUCUUACAAUCAGUCAACAACUUCUUACAAUCAGCCAACAACCUCUUACAAUCAGCCAACAACUUCUUACAAUCAGCCGACAACUUCUUACAAUCAGCCAACAACUUCUUACAAUCAGCCCUUGUUUUUAAAGCCAUCUGUGAAUGUAAUACCAACAGUUUACUCUUCAAGUUCUAAUCAUGUUCUUAGUCAAUACUCUAAGGACAUCAACUCUUCAAUAGCAAAUGUUUCUAAAGACUCAGUAUGUUCAUUUACCACACCACAUAAUGGAUAUAGUUCGAAGCAAUCUGUUGUUUCUGAGACAUCUAUCUACUCUGCUAAUAAAGUUAAUUAUUUUGAUUACUCAAUAGCAAAAAAUAAAUAUCAAUCUGACUCAUUGGAAACAAAGCCAUAUACAUGCAACAUUGAUCAAACAAAAUUGGAAACAAAGCCAUUUACUUGCAAUGUUGAUCAAUUUAGCGAAAAAAAAAAUAGUCUUUUGCAACAACUCGAUGGUUCUUCUGUUUCUCCAAAUAUAAUAAAUAGAAAUGAAAAAAUUGUUUCUGAAGAAACUGAUGAAAUUUUUAAACAAGCGCAGCAAAGUUUUGCUGAAUUAACAUUUCCAAAAAUGAAAAAUGAGAGUUUUUUAAAUAAUAUUUUAAAUGAUGAAAAAGACACUAAAGAAAAUGAUGAAAGAGACAUAAAAAACAAAGUAAAUACAGAAAAGUAUGAUAUUUGUGCAACAGUUAAAUAUGGUAAAGAUUUUGAUGAAAAUGCAAACUCUGUUCCUCCACGAUAUGAUUCAAAUAAUUUAAAGCAUGGGCGCCUGAUAGUUAGUGCUGAAUCUAAAAAAAAAAUAAAUGCAAACUUUACACCCCAUCCGCCUAUGAAACCCAAGACUACAAUAGAUUUUGCUCCACCAUCAACACACCAUCCUCCAAUAUCUCAAAAUAGCAAUUCAAUUUUAAAUUUUGAUGAAAAAGUGUCAUCAGGACAAUUUAAUCACUUGAGCAAUAUGAAUUCAUUUGGGAAACACACCAGAUCAAUUUCAUCUGGAAGUACUGGCAAUAAUAAAACAGAACUUUUUCAAAAAUCUAAAGUUAAUUUUUCUAAUGAUCCAAAGAACUUAAGCAGCUCACAGUUAUCUGGAAAUAAGGGGGAAAAUUCUAAAAAGCAAAAGAAUAUUGCACUCAAUAAAACUCCAACUGACGAUGAGAUUAACAACCUGUGGGAAAAUGUACGUCAGUGUUUGUCUGCUGAAUCAUCAGGCAGGCAAGCUCAUUCUGAUAUUGUUCCUGUUACUCAAACGUUUUAUCAAUCUCCUAGAAGUUACAAUAAUGGUCAAUUCUAUCGUUCUCUUUCUGCAUCUUCAUAUCGAAGGAACAGUUCACAAGAAAAUUCUACAAAACAAAAUAGCUUUUUUAACCAAAACAAUAAAGGAUUUAUAGGUGCUAAAAAUAAUAUUGGAGUAAUGGGUGUUAGAAGCACCAAUAACAUUGCUAGUAGACAAUCACUGCUUCCACAGCGAGCUGUUCAAAUGAUAAGAAACCCGAAAAUUAUAAAUAAACUUGAUUUAAAUCAGAACAAUGUACAAAAUAAUGCAUUGUCAAGUACUGCAUCAUUUUUAGCCCUUGAGGAGCUAUGCAAACACGAAUCAUUAACUCCAAAACAAACUGAUGUUUUCUUUCAUCCAUCUAUGCAGUUAAAAAAAAAGUUCAGCAACGUUGAUUUAUCUUAUGAAGAACGUUGUGUUAUGGCAUCCUUGGAUCGAAUUAACAAGAAAUUAGAAGAAAAAGAAAAAGCGAUGGGUCUUCAUAAAUAGCCGUGGGAGAUGCAAUAACCAGAAGCAUUCCGGUGGUCUGUGCGUGAGGUAGUUGCAAUAACCACUGAUAUUCUGACGGACUCCGUAUAUAGCCAUUAUGUUUACUGCAAAUCUACUUUUUUUAAAAAUCUUAUGAUUAUGAAAAUAUCCAGUUGAAGAAACAUGGAACAUGUUAAUAACACUUUUAAUCGAAAUUUGAACAUCUUAGUUAGGUCUCAUUAUUUAUUUUUAAAACUGCAUUGUAAAUAUUAAAAUAUACAAUAAUGUAUUUAUAGAAUUUAUUGGCAAA